AUGAGCACCUCCGACGCCAGCAACGCUGCUGUUACGCGGCCAGCACGACGACCGGUUAUCUACCUCACGGGUGACUCGCUGACGGAGCGGGGAACUGACCCCAACAAUGCCGGUUGGAUUGCGCUGAUGCAGGAUCGCUACAACCGAUCGGCCGAUAUCGUUCCACGCGGACUGUCAGGUUACAACACCAAGUGGUUCAUUGAGUCGGCCUUACCUGCGCUUGAGCGUGAGCUAUCCGGUGAGGUGCGGUCGCCGUGUCUGAUCACGUUGUGGCUGGGUGCCAACGACGCUGCACUUCCGGACGGUACCGCAGCUCGCCAGCACGUCCCGCUUGCAACAUACAAGGAGAACUUGACUACAAUCGUUCGCAGCUUCCAGGCUAAAGCUCCUCGGGCUCACAUUCUACUGAUCACCCCGCCGCACGUGGACGACGCCGUCCGCAAAUCGCGCUCGCCAAUCGGCUGCGCUGAACGCACGAACGCCGCAGCAGGUGAAUACGCGCAAGCGUGUGUAGAGACUGCUGGAGAGAUUGGCGUAAGUGCGUUGGAUUUACACUCGUUCUUCAACUCAAUGUCGGAGAGUGAACGCGCGGCGUGCUUGGACGACGGACUGCAUUUCACCGCUAAAGGCAACCGGUUGGUGGACGAACAACUGCAAAAGAAGAUCAAUAAGGCAUUCCCCAGCUUGGCGAAGCAGCUUAAAGUCUGGCAGCUUCCCAACUUCCGCAUCUGGUUGGAUGUGUAG